AUGCCUAUCGUUUCUAUCGAGAAAUUCCACUCAGUUUCGUUCGACUAUCUUAUCCUGGGUGGAGGGACAUGUGGACUAGCUCUAGCAUCAAGGUUAAGUGAAGAUGAAAAUCUAGUUGUUGGUGUCAUUGAAGCGGGUGGUGUGCCCGCUGAUAUUCCCGAGAUCACAGUCCCUGGAUUUAUGGGCAGGAUUAUCGGAGAUCCGACAUACGACUGGGCAUUUCUCUCAGUUCCGCAGGCACAUGCAAAGGGUCGUACAGUGCUUCAACCAAGAGGCAAGGGGUUGGGGGGUACCUCAAUUAUCAAUUUCAUGGGAUUGUUCCGUCCCUCCAGAGCAGAAUACGAUGCUCUAGAAGGCCUCGGGAACAAAGGAUGGAACUGGGAAAAUCUCCUUGGGUACAUGAAGAAAGGAGAGAAUACAUUUCCCAGCAGACUGUCUCCAGAAGACGCGAAAAUUUAUGCUGCGAAUCCAAAAGAGAAAUAUCAUGGUGUUGAUGGACCGUUACAAAAAUCACUCCCUCUAAACAUACCUCCACAGAAUAAGUUUUUCUUCGACGCCGUUGAAGCGUUAGGAGUCCCGAGAAAUGAAAGCCAUGGAGAUGGCUCUAAUGUUGGAUCAACGACAUGUUUCACGUCCGUGGACCCUCGGAGCGCUCAACGCUCUUCUGCAUUCACUGCGUAUUUCCUCCCCAUUCAAAACCGCCCAAAUCUUCUGGUUUUGACAAAUGCCCAGGUCACCAAGGUUAUUCUACUUGAAGGUAGUCCCCAAGGCGAACAAACCGCCAUAGGCGUAGAAUUUGUACAUGGAGGAAAGCAAAACGUUAUAAAAGGCGUGAAAAAGGAUGUCGUUGUCUCCGCUGGUGCAUUCCAGACGCCACACUUACUUGAGCUGUCUGGCAUCGGAGACCGAUCAGUUCUCGCGAAACACGGCAUCGAGACGCUGAUACAUCUUCCAGGGGUUGGCGAAAACUUGCAUGAACAUCCCAGUGUGGCAACAACAGUGGAAAUUGAUUCCAAGUACGAAACGAUGGAUAUAAUGGGAGAUCCGAAUGCCCUGGAAUUGCACACAGAGCUAUACAAACAACGAAAGGGUUUACUUUCCUCCAUUGCGUCCAUGGGGUUUUCCUUCCUUUCGAGAAGGCAUUUGAAUCUUGCGGGUGAUGCUGUAUCGUUCAAAAGUUUACAUGAGCCAACCGAUUCCACACUGUGUCGUGGGCUGAAUAAGCAAUACAGCUUGCAGAAGGAGUGGUUUGCUGGUGAAGAGGUCUCACAGGCCGAAAUUAUCUAUCAGAAUGGAUACCAUAGGCGAGUAUCGGGCAUUCCAACACCUGGAAAACGUUACGCUUCUUUUGUGCAUGUCGUGAUGCAUCCCUUGUCUCGUGGAUCCGUUCAUCUGUCAUCUGCAGACCCACUGGUACCUCCAGCUAUAAAUCCUAAUUACCUGGCACAUCCGACCGAUCUCAAAAUCCUGGAGAAGGCUGUCGAAUUUUCCGCUCGUAUAGCAACUACAGGUUCAUUCGGUGAAAGUGUGAAAGGAAGGGUCGUGCCAGACCAAGAGAUUUUGGAUGACCCCGACAAGUUGAGAGAGUGGAUAAGAGAAUCCAUUGCCACGACUUAUCACCCACUGGGGACAGCAGCAAUGCUUCCGAAAGAAGACGGGGGAGUGGUCGACAGUGAGCUGAGAGUUUAUGGAACAAGAAAUCUACGGGUGGCGGAUGUGUCGAUAUUGCCGAUGCAACUUUCUUGCCAUAUCCAGUCCGCGGCCUAUGCUAUCGCAGAGAAGGCAGCCGACAUUUUGAGAAUUGGUGGAGGGAAUUGA